AUGGCGGCUCCUGCCAUGCCGCCGCCCCCGCCGCCAGGAGCUCCCCCUGGGGUGCCCGGAGGGGCUCCUGGGCCCGGAGCCGUGGCGGCGGCGGGGGGAGGCGCGAAAAGCGGCGAGGAGAGACUGAAGGAAAUGGAAGCCGAGAUGGCCUUGUUUGAGCAGGAAGUGCUUGGAGCUCCUGUCUCUCUGCCUCCUGUUGCCUCUGUGAUAGAAGCUGUACCAGUUGCUCUAGCAGUACCAGCAGUAUCUGCAGUGCCCCCUGUUCCUGUCAUCCGACCCAUCAUUGCUACUAACACUUAUCAACAAGUCCAGCAGAGCUUGGACGCCCGAGCAGCAGCAGCUGCCACAGUAGUUGCUCCUAUUGUGGCUCCUCCAGUGCCAUUUGUAGGCCCAGCUGUUCCCCCACAACGUCCCCCCAUUCUUCGACCAACCUUUGUGCCUCAUGUCUUGCAGCGGGCAGGUGGCCCUCGGCCCAUGCCGAUGCGCCCACCGCAUCACCAGCCCAUGGUUGGGCCCCCAAUGCCAGGCCCUCAAGGGCCCCCGAUGCUGAUGGGCCCACCAAUGCAGAGAGCACCUGGCCCACCCCUUGGGAGCAUAGGGCCAAUGCGACCGGGUCCGGGUCCCCCAGUGGGGCCAGGAAUGCCUGUUGGCCCUUUGGCUCCACUGGUGCCUGUUCCUCGGCCGGUGGUGGCCCCUCCAAAAGUCAACCCCACAGUCAUCCAGGCAGCUCCUACGGUGUAUUCUUCUCCACCAGUGAAAAAACAAGAGGAGGAACAUCGAGAGCCUCCGCCACCUGUGGUGGAGGAGAAAGAGGCAGCUGGGACCGAGGAGCCAGUGAUAGGCCCAAGUAUGCCAGAAACAGACCUGCCCCCGGUCGUGGAAUCUCGGCUACCGUCGCUACGUGGGCAUGACCUGGCGCCUACACGAGGGAAGCGCCCCCGAGGACCCGAUGCUGGAUUUGUUCCCGUAGAGCCGGUCAUGGAGAGCACCCCUGAAGACAAGAAGAAGACAAAGCAGGAGAAGUUGAAGCGUUGCAUUCGUACUGCUGCUGGGACCUGCUGGGAGGACCCCAGCCUUCUUGAAUGGGACCCUGAUGACUUCCGGAUUUUCUGUGGAGACUUGGGCAACGAGGUGAACGAUGACAUCCUGGCCCGUGCCUUCAGCCGCUACCCAUCUUUCCUAAAGGCCAAAGUCAUCCGGGACAAGCGCACAGGCAAAACCAAAGGCUAUGGCUUUGUCAGCUUCAAAGACCCCAAUGACUAUGUCCGUGCUAUGCGGGAAAUGAAUGGAAAAUAUGUGGGCAGCCGGCCCAUUAAACUGCGCAAGAGCAUGUGGAAGGAUCGCAAUAUCGACAUUGUGCGCAAAAAACAGAAAGAGAAGAAAAAGCUAGGCCUCAGGUAAUGGGACAGCGAUCGCCCGGGCUGUGCUUCAGCCUUCACAAUCAGCUGAGGAACUGAGCUCUGGGCCUGCUGGAGAAGAUGCAUAUUUUGAGAACUUGGGCAGUGGAGAGGAGUUUGGGAUAGCACAGUCUCCCCCCCCCCCCCCCCCCCCGGCCUGAGGCUCAUGUGCAUGGAGGCAUUGUGUGCUCGCGCCCUGUUCCCCAGACUAACUGGUUUGAUAGUAAGGAACCACAAUUUGUAGAGUCUUCUGGGUGUAUUUUGAGGGGAAAUAGCUUUUGUGCUGAGUCAAUAAAUUUAUGC